GUCUAGCUAGCAUUGUAUCUUAAAGGAGCUUUCUCCAUAAUCUGAACUCCUUCUAUCAAAUUAUUCUGCAUUCUUCUUCAACUGGCUUCUAGGAUUUUAACAUCAGUAUCCAUUUAAGAGAGUGUAUCAAUUCAAGUUGAAGGCUAACCACUGUGAAAAACAACAACACAUUACAUCAUCAAGCAAUAACAUCUCUCAUCCUCUGGUCCAUGCUCAGUCACUGAACCCAAAAUGUCGAGUAUAGAUCCUUAUCAGCAAAUUACAGUGGAACACCAAUACUCUCACAAAUUUACUGUGACAGUGAAACAAGCCAAGAAUGUCACCAAGGGAGCUUUUGGAGAUAUGCUCGAUACUCCAGACCCCUACGUGGAGCUCUUCAUCCCAACGGCUCCAGACAGUAGGAAGAGAACAAAACAUAUCAAUAACAACGUGAACCCUGAGUGGAAUGAGACCUUUGAGAUAAUCUUGGAUCCCAACCAGGAAAAUGUUCUAGAGAUCACUCUUAUGGAUGCAAAUUAUGUGAUGGAUGAGACUAUUGGAACGGCAACAUUUCCCAUAUCAUCUUUGAAAGUGGGAGAAAAGAAAGAAGUCUCCUUCACCAUUAGUAAAGUCACAGAAAUUAUUUUGGAGGUAUCACUUGAAGUUUGCUCUCAAACAGACCUCCGCUUCAGUAUGGCUCUGUGUGAUGAAGAGAAGAAUUUUCGGCAGCAGCGGAAGAACAGAGUAAUGAAACAUCUGAACAAUUUCCUGGGUACUGAUUUGACCUCUCCUCGUGAUGUACCAGUGAUUGCAAUAUUGGGAUCUGGUGGUGGAUUUCGUGCCAUGGUGGGAUUUUCAGGAGUGAUGAAAGCACUGUAUGAAUCUGGAAUUUUAGACUGUGCAACAUAUAUUGCUGGUUUAUCAGGAUCCACAUGGUACAUGUCAACAUUGUAUUCUCACCCAGAUUUUCCAGUGAAAGGACCAAAAGAGAUAAACGAAGAGUUGAGAAACAGUGUCAGUCACAACCCAUUGAAACUGCUUACUCCUCAGAAAGUGAAGCGAUACAUUGAAGCAUUAUGGAAAAAGAAGAGGUCUGGGCAGCCUGUUACAUUUACAGAUAUCUUUGGAAUGUUGAUUGGCGAAACACUUGUCCAAAAUAGAAUGGAUGCCACUUUGUCUGCCAUGAAAGAGAAAGUGAACAAGGCACAGUCUGCUCUGCCACUGUUUACAUGUCUCCACGUUAAACCUGAUGUAUCAGAGCUGAUGUUUGCAGAUUGGGUAGAAUUCACUCCCUAUGAGAUUGGGAUGGCUAAGUAUGGGACCUUCAUGACUCCUGAUUUGUUUGGCAGCAAAUUUUUUAUGGGAACGAUAGUGAAAAAAUAUAAAGAGAACCCCUUGCAUUUCUUAAUGGGUGUCUGGGGAAGUGCAUUUGCUAUAUUAUUCAACAGAGUCCUUGGAGUUUCCAAUUCUCAGAAUAAAGGACCCACAAUGGAAGAAGAACUAGAAAAUAUCAGGUUGCGCCAUCUAGUGAGCAAUGAUUCAGACAGUGAUGAUGAGUCACAGGGGCCAAAAGGGUCAGAAAACCCAGAUGCUGAAAUGGUACAUGAACAGACCAGCCAGGAAAGCUGGGUUCAGCGCAUGUUUAUGGCUCUGGUGGGUGACAGUGCCCUUUUUACCACCCGAGAAGGCCGUGCAGGCAAAGUACACAAUUUCAUGUUGGGGUUAAAUCUCAACACCUGUUAUCCACUUUCCCCUCUGGUUGGUCUCAUCUCUCAAGAAUCUGUGGAGGAAGAUGAAAUGGAUACAGCUGUUGCAGAUCCUGAUGAGUUUGAAAGGAUAUAUGAGCCUUUGGAUGUAAAGAGCAAAAAAAUUCACAUUGUGGAUAGUGGACUGACUUUUAACCUGCCUUAUCCACUUAUCUUAAGACCACAGCGAGGGGUUGACCUUAUAAUUUCAUUUGAUUUUUCUGCACGUCCUAGUGAUUCCAGUCCUCCUUUUAAGGAAAUUUUACUUGCUGAAAAAUGGGCCAAAAUGAACAAACUUCCUUUCCCCAAAAUAGACCCAAACGUAUUUGAUCGGGAAGGUUUAAAGGAGUGCUAUGUCUUCAAACCCAAGAAUCCUGCAUCUGACAUAGACUGUCCAACAAUUAUCCACUUUGUUUUAGCCAAUAUCAACUUUAGAAACUAUAAAGCACCAGGUAUACCAAGAGAAACACAGGAAGAGAAAGAUUUUGCUGACUUUGAUAUUUUUGAUGACCCAGAUACACCAUUCUCCACUUUUAACUUCCAAUAUCCAAAUGAAGCUUUUAACAGAAUGCAUGAUCUGAUGGAAUUCAACACACUAAACAACCUAGAUAUAAUCAAGGAAGCAAUAGCAGAAAGCAUUGAGUACAGAAGACAGAAUCCAUCACGUUGCUCUGUAUCCCUUAGCAGUGUUGAAGCAAGGAGGUACUUCAAUAAGCCACAAAGCAAUAACCACACAUGAACUCACACACUGAAGCCCUUGUUCCUCAGAACCAUGUGCAACUGGAUUGGUCAAACAGACUUUAUUCUGAGGAAAAUUGCUGUUCAGGAAUAAAACAUAAUGGAACAGAAGGGGGACAAAUACAUCAGUUAUUCCUGCUCCAUCUCUUUCUUUUCAAAGCAAUAUAACCAUUCUUUGAUUGAAGCAGUUUGGAUACAGAAUGUUUAAAAUGGCUUCCUUUGUUUCAUAAACAUUUAAAUUUAGCAGCCUAAUUUUUCAUUCCAGGAUUUUGUUUGCUUUUAAGUGUUCAAACGUUUUCCAUCCACCUAUGUUAUAUUUAGAGAAAGUUUAGUUGUUAAUGUUACAAAUGUAAUAAUUUAAAGAAUGUUGAGUUGUUAAUGUUACAACUUUAACAUGACAAGGUAGUAUAUGUUACUGCAUAAAUGUACCGUAUCCAAAAAUAUAUUAAUGUCAUUGUUUAAUGGCCAAGUGAUAUUACAGUGCCCUAACCAAACUCUUUAUUCGCUCUUGACUUAAGUAAUGUUGUGAACACAAUGAGCUUAUUUUUUUAUGCCAACUUUUAUCAUGUUGAAUUGUUUUAUCCUUUUGACCUACUGCUUUGAUAAUGGGACCAAAUGCUUCUUUUUUAAAAAAGUGAAGUGAACACUUCUCCAAAAGAACCUAAAUAUCUUGAAGAUAGUCAGAAUCUUUCUGUCUCCGGCUGUAAUUCUAUUCAUACUUCUUUUCAAGGAUGUCAUAAUUGCAAAAGAAUCCCCAAAAUGCAGGAAUCCAUUUUCCCCCCAAAUUCAUUCCUACUUUCUACCUGUCUCAAGUCACUACUGUUAUCUCCUCCCCUUCUACUGUAUUAUAUUUGCUGGCUUGCAAUAUGUAAAUUGCUUCUCCUUUUCUGAUUAGUUGAAAGUUUUGGUUAUUUGAAAGUAACGUGAUUGAAACACAUGUCAUACACACCUGUAGUGAUAGGCUUGUUCUGGAAAGCCUUUUUACACUACUGCAAAUAACACAUUAAUUGUUGAUUAUGUUACUGUUUCUUGAAAUGUUGUAAUGAAAUGUGAUAUUAAGUAUGUGGUGGAGCAGUCUGGUGUGCCUGCUGGCAGAAGGAUGGGAUUGUUUGCUGUGUUGUAGGAGCUUGUCGGUGGCAAGUAGACCUCUGUGGUCAUAUAUUAACUGGCUUCCAGUGGGAUUGUAUUGCAGCAAAACAGACCAUUCUUACCCAUUACAAAGCCAUGUUUUUGAAA